AUGAAAUUGACUUUGAAAAAACAAGGGACCAAACGUACCAUCCGUGAAGCCAUUGAAAAAGAAAAACGUCCAAGAAACCUCAACACUAGAGACGAUACACAGAGACUACUAACUGCAUGGAAACCAGCUCUUACAAAUACUAAAACGCCACGCAGAUUAGCGAGAUCAACGGAGCCGAACAUAACACAGUUACAAUCGCAGCCAGAGGUCAAAAAUAGGCCCUGGGUAUAUAAACAACGAUCAGUGGCAACGGAGCUUACUCCACGUCAAACUCGCACCAGAGCACCAACAGCAGCCCAGCAGAUAAGACCUGAAGAUGGUACAUUAGAUUGUACUGAAACGUCGUCAAAUAUACGGUUCUUUUAA